GAUUCCCCGUUGUGCGGUACGUUUAUAACAUGGAAUAUAAUGUGCAAAAUAUAUAUCUAUCUGUAGAUGGUUUUUAAUGGGAUGGCACUGGCGAAACAUAAAGCCUUAAACGAGUGCUUUGUAACUCUUUACUUUUAUUCUGCCAAGCGGUUUGACCCGGAAACAGUUUGUGGUUCUUGUUAAUUCAAUGCUUUAGAUCGAACUUGAUUCUUCAUCCAAAAUAAACACCCACAUUCUCUUUUCAGUUAGUUUUUACCAGAAAUGACAAGUGCUCAAUGAGGUCUCACGUCAGCGAUGGCUGUAGUGUCGUGGAAGGAGAUCUGUCUUCUGACUGGACUGGUGGUGGGCUGUUACUGGAACAGCCUGUUCUGUGGCUUCGUGUUCGAUGAUGUCUCCGCUAUCCUGGAUAACAAAGACCUUCGUCCCACCACACCACUGAAGAACCUCUUCCUCAAUGACUUCUGGGGCACGCCUAUGUCAGAGGAGAGGAGCCAUAAGUCCUACCGCCCGCUUACCGUUCUCACCUUCCGCCUCAAUUACCUGUUCAGUGAGUUGAGCUCCUCGUCAUACCACCUACUCAAUGUGGUUCUCCACGCCGUGGUGUGUGUCUUCUUCCUUCAUUUCUGUCGUCUGCUUUUGGACCGAAACACCAGCCUCGUAGCGGCUCUGCUGUUUGCUGUCCAUCCCAUCCACACAGAGGCUGUGACAGGUGUUGUUGGCAGAGCUGAGUUGCUGUCCUCCAUUUUCCUUUUGGCUGCUUUCCUGGCAUACACCAAAUCAAAAGGCGCCGAUCACUCCAUAGUGUGGACUCCCAUCAUUUCAACUGUGUUCCUGGUUGCCGUCGCCACGCUUUGCAAGGAGCAGGGAAUAACUGUCAUUGGGAUAUGCUGUAUUUACGAGGUGUUUGUUGCCCAAGGGUUCACUCUGCCCAUGCUGAUUGACACCCUACUUCAGGUGUUGAGAGGAAAAGAUGGUUUUCCCUAUGCUGUCCUUCAGACCCUGCUGAAGCUCAUUGUCCUGAUCAUCAGCACUCUUUUGCUGGUCAUUGUCAGGGUGCAGGUCAUUCAGUCCCAGUUGCCAGUGUUCACCAGGUUUGAUAAUCCAGCUGCCGUCAGCUCCACCCCAACCAGGCAGCUGACUUUCAACUACCUCCUGCCGGUAAAUGCCUGGCUGCUGCUCAACCCUUCUGAGCUGUGUUGUGACUGGACAAUGGGCACUAUCCCCCUUGUGGAGUCCCUUUUGGACCCUCGUAACCUCGCCACGGUGGUAUUUUACGCCAUGUUGAGCCUCCUGGCUUAUCACAGCCUUUGGUACGGCCACAGCUCUGCAAAGAUCGUCAUGAUGGCACUGUCGCUGAUCGUCCUCCCAUUUAUUCCUGCAUCCAACCUGUUUUUCCCUGUUGGCUUUGUUGUGGCUGAAAGGGUCCUGUACGUACCCAGCAUGGGAUUUUGUGUUUUGGUAGCCCAUGGAUUUAAACUCCUGUCCCAAAGAGGAGGCCUGAAGAAAAUCUCUUGGUUGCUCAUGGGAGUUCUUCUAACAACACACGCUGUGAAGACUUUUAACAGAAACUGGGAUUGGGAAUCCGAAUACACGCUUUUUACAUCUGCACUGAAAGUGAACAGGAACAACGCCAAACUCUGGAACAAUGUCGGGCAUGCUUUGGAGAAUCAGAACAGCUAUGAGAGAGCUUUGAGAUACUUCCUUCAGGCCACACGAGUGCAACCAGAUGACAUUGGGGCCCACAUGAAUGUGGGGAGAACGUACAAGAACCUAAACCGGUCCAGAGAGGCAGAAGAGGCGUAUCUGAUUGCAAAAUCCCUUAUGCCACAGAUCAUUCCAGGAAAAAAGUAUGCUACCCGUGUGGCCCCCAACCAUCUAAACGUCUACAUUAACCUGGCGAACCUAAUUCGGGCGAAUGACUCCCGCCUCGAGGAAGCCGACCAACUCUAUAGACAGGCCAUCAGCAUGAGACCAGACUUCAAGCAAGCCUACAUCAGUCGAGGGGAGCUUCUGCUGAAAAUGAACAAGCCCAGUGAGGCGAAGGACGCCUACCUACGAGCGCUGGAGCUGGACCACACCAAUGCAGACCUCUGGUACAAUCUGGCAAUUGUCAACAUCGAGAUGAAGGACCCCUCGGAGGCUCUGAGAAACUUCAAUCGCGCCUUGGACCUGAAUCCGCGCCACAAACUGGCACUCUUCAACUCAGCGCUUCUCAUGCAAGAAUCAGGCGAGGCGAAAUUUCGUCCAGAGGCGAAUCGUCGCUUUCUCACCUACGUGAAAGAGGAGCCAGACGAUGCUAAUGGUUACUUCAACUUAGGCAUGCUGGCGAUGGACGCAAAUGAGAACGAAGAGGCCGAGCACUGGAUGCGGGAGGCUAUUCGGCUGCAACCCGGCUUCCGCAGCGCAUUGUUUAACUUGGCCCUACUCUACUCUCAGUCACAGCGUGAACUGGAUGCACUCCCGGUGCUUGAAGAGCUGCUGCGGUACCACCCGGAGCACGUCAAAGGCCUGAUCCUCAAGGGAGACAUCCUCAUGAACCACCGCAAAGAUACGCGUGGCGCCAAAGCCUGUUUUGAACGCAUCUUGAACAUGGACCAAAGCAACGUGCAAGCCAAGCAUAACCUCUGCGUGGUGUACUUUGAAGAACGGGAGCUCCAGCGUGCCGAGCGCUGUCUGGUGGAGAGUCUCGCCAUGGCCCCACACGAAGAGUACAUCCGACGGCACCUCGCCAUCGUACGCAACAAAAUGGCCGCCAUGAGCGCCGCGGGCCAGCCGAUUGCACCGGCUGAAGGUGGUAGUGCAUCAGACAAACAGCAAGAGCAGCAGCAACAACAACAACAGGACAAAACGAAGGAGGAGGAAGGGCAGGGAGUUGCCUCAGAAGCAGAGGAGGGGGCCAGGAAAGAGAAGAAUUUGAGGAAAUCCUCCCCCACAGAAGGCGUCAGCGGCCAGGGCCACGGCCAAUCAAAGAAGCUGGAUGCGGGCCAGCCUGACAAGCGGACUAAGAGCAAAUCCACAAAAGAGAUUAAAGAUAUAGAAAAGAAAAGGGCGGCUGCCUUGAAGAGACUGGAGGAGAUUGAACGCAUAUUAAGCAGCGAUUAACCUUGUUUAUCAACCACACCACACUAUUUUUAUAACUAUUUAAAGCGCAAGAACGAGACUCUUCUCUCUUUUUGUUUUUUCAAAUGAGCCCUUGUUUAUGCAUGUUUCGUGGCGCUUUUGUUUUGAUUGUUUUGUGUCUUUUAUAUAUUGUGUGGUAUACCUCUUUUUCCCACAGCUUUAAUUAUGUAAAGCUGUUUGGCUGAAAAUGAAAAGAGGUGUGCGCUCACAACAUGCGCUGAGAAAGCACAAAAUUAGGUACGUUUUUAAAAGAAACCCUGCAAAAAAAAAUCAUAUUUUACCAUAUCGUUUAUUUAUGAUUGUCUAUAUAUUUGAGUCACUGGAUUAGUUUUUGUCACUUUUGUGUAUUGACCACUGGCAAGUAUUACUUAUAAUCAAAAAUGAUAUUGAUUUAUCAGCCAGCCCAUUUAAUAACAAGGCCUCCGGGUGGUCCUGUUGUAAUUUAGCUCAGCAGGACCCUCCCGCUUUUUGCAUGACAUCACUGCACUUCCUCCAAUUCUCCGCUGCUCUUCGUACAUGUGUCAUUAUUGCUGUUGUUUUGUUUUAAUUUUGACACCGAACGGUGUCAGUGUUUAAUUAUAUCCUCUGACAUAAUCUCAUUCUGAAUUAGGGUCACCUCCCUUCUCCAGCCCUCUUUAUGCAGGCUUCUGGAAUUUUAUUUCUGUAUGGCUCACAUACUGUUUUGGCCUCUCGCUGAUUUCACAGAUUGGUCAUGCAGAGGCAGACUUUUUCCUUUUCUUUUAAGGUUUCCGUGGCUUCACGCUCUGUUUCUUGUUCUCCCCACAAAGACCUUAGCGUAACAUUAAAAUCAGGCUAUAAGCAGAAAAACGUUUGAAACCUUAAAGGAAUAAUUCACCCAAAACUAAACAUCUGUCAUCAUUUACUAACCCUCAUGUCGUUCAAAACCUGUAUGACUUACUACUUCUAGAACAUAAGACUUUUUUUAUUCCAACUUCACUUAAGCUCAAUAAAUGACUCGUUAUUACAGUUCUCUGAAUGAUUCAUUUUUGAAUCAGUAUCAGCAAUUCGGUUGCAGCAGGUAACUGCUCGCUAGAGAGGCCGAUUUUUCACGAAUUACUUUAACUGCGCUGUUUCUCCUCAGGCGAAGUUACCAUAUGUCUUCAAAAGACAAAAUGGCGCAUUUUACAUUCAUUGCAAUUGCUUUGACAGGAAUGAACAGUACAGUUCUUAGAAAUGUGUUUUAUAUGUGUUUGGAGCGACAUGGGUACGAGUAAAUGAUGACAAGUGUCGCUUUUGGGUGAAAUGGCCAUUUAAUAUGGUGAACAUCACAGCGUAGACCAUAAUUUUUUUUGUGGGUUCUUUUAGCUUUUGUAUUUGGAAAGAAUCAAUCAUUCGUUUUCUACGCCAAUGUGUUACUUCAGUAUUUUAAUGUGCUGCAGAUGAACUUCAAAUAUUCGCUUACAGUCGAGUCGGGUGUAUUGUUUCCUGUGAAGCCGAAGCAACCAUAUGCUCUCGCUGGAAUGCUUUCGCCAUUUUUCUGUUUACUUUGAAGGCAGGCCCUGAAAUAUCUUCUUCUAUCUCCUUUGACCUUUCUGAAGAUCUUAACAGGGAAAAAGCCACCUGAGAGCUCACCGAGUCCUCAAUGGGAGUGCAUUUCUAUAUAUUCAACAACACUAGCAUAUUAACACUAAUGUGGGGCACAUAUGAGGUGUUAUUUUGUUGCAUUAAAUUAAUAAAGCCACUUCAAGUAGCAAAAAGUAGCCGACUCUGCUGUUUCACCAGUUUAAGAUGUUGAAUCUGAAUUACUACACCUGUUUGCCCUUUCGUUUGGCAACAUCUGUGCAUCUGAAUCUUUCUUUCAUUGUCAGUUUGAUAGUUUAUAAGGACAGCUUUACAUGGCUGUAUCAUAUUAAUCUUCAAAUAUGUAGUUUUGGAGUUCAAGUCUUUUUAAGAGGUCCAUUUCCCACUAAAUCAUCUCUCUGUGAUGUGUCAUAUUUCAAGCUUCCCUCAGCUCAGCUUGAAUCUUCACAUUUUAGGACUCUUUCCUCCCAUGUUUACGCAAGCUGUGCUUUCACCCCGAAUGCAGUCUUGAUUUAUAGCAUUUACCUUUUCAUUUGGACUAAUGUUGACUUACGAGUGGUGAUGGGAUCUACGGUUUUCUAAUAAAAAUGACUUGCGUCA